AGGCCAGUCGCGGCGCUGUCCAGGUGGCCGGCGGUGGGGUGUGAAGUUCCAGAGGCCAUCUCCAGACAGUGAGCGCUAGUGGAGCACCAGAGGUCAUCCGUGGACGUGGCCUGAUGUGGGAGUCUCAGAGGCCUCUUCAGACAGCGACCGAGAGUGGAGUACCAGAGGCCAUCCCCAGACAGCGUCGCCGAUCGUAGUACACGCCUCGGGCGUCGGCUGACGACCCGGCCAGCCGCGCGACCUGAGCCAUGCCCGAGCCGAGUGCUGCCGGCGGGGCCGGGCGGGGGCUGACACUGAGUCAGUUCCGGCACCACUAUCUCUACAGCCCGCAACCACCGCAAGGCGCCUGUGAGCGGCUGUGGAAGGCCUGCCUCCCUGGCCCAGCCUGCGCGGCCGACUGCGUGCAGCGCCGCCUGCCGAUCGUGACCUGGCUGCCGGCCUACCAGCCGCGUCAGGAUCUGGUGGGCGACCUCAUCGCCGGCUUCACCGUCGCAAUCAUGCACAUCCCGCAAGGCAUGGCGUACGCGCUGUUGGCCGGCGUACCGCCCAUACACGGCAUCUAUAUGGCGUUUUUCCAGUGCCUCUUGUACGUCGUGCUCGGAACAUCGCGCCAUUUGUCCGUCGGCACGUUUGCCGUCACGUGCAUCAUGACUGGGAAGGUGGUACUGGAGUACUCGGCGCCGCAGCCGGGCGCGCCCGGCCGCCCCGAGCACGACCCGGUGACCGUGGCCACCACCGUCGCCCUCGCCGUCGGCCUGGUCCAGCUGGCCAUGUUCGUGCUGCGAAUGGCGGCGCUGACAGUGGUGCUGUCCGACAUGCUGGUGCGAGGCUUCACCACCGGCGCCGCCGUGCACGUGCUGUUCUCCCAGCUGCCAUCGCUGUUUGGUCUGCACCUGCCCCGCUUCUCCGGCGCCGGCAAGCUGGCCAAGCUGUCCGUGGCCAUCCUGAAGAAUGUACAUAGCGCCAAUCCUGCCUCAACAGCGAUAUCAGCAGCCACCAUUGUCAUCCUUGUUUUGAACAACGAGUUGUUUAAGCCUCAGCUGGCCAAGAGGACGCGGUUUCCGGUACCUGUCGAGCUGCUUGUCGUCAUUGUCGGCACGUCUGUCUCGUUCUUCUGCGAUCUGGCCGGUCGCUUUGACGUCCAGGUCACCGGCAAUGUGACGACUGGGCUGCCGCGUCCCAGCAGCCCGGCCAUCUCGCUGCUGCCCAACGUGUUGCUGGACGCCGUCAUCAUCGCCAUCAUCACCUACUCGGUGGCGCUCUCCAUGGCGCAGCUGCUGGCCAGGAAGCACGAGUACACUGUGGACGCCAGCCAGGAGCUGUUGGCCCAGGGCGUGGGCAACGCGGUGUCGGCGUGGUUCUCCUGCGCGCCGAUGGGAGCCUCGCUCUCCCGCUCACUCAUCGUGGACGCGACCGGCGGCCGCACGCAGGCGUCGGGACUCAUCACCGCCCUGCUGCUGCUGUUCGUGCUCCUCUGGCUGGGGCCAGUCUUCCAGCUGCUGCCACGGUGUGUGCUGAGCGCCAUCAUCGUCGUCUCGCUCAAGGGGCUGCUAUGUCAGCUGCGCGAGGCGCCCCAGCUCUGGCGAACCUCCCGCGCCGACACCCUCAUCUGGGCGGCCACGCUGCUGGCCGUCGUGCUCGUCGACAUUGACGUCGGUUUGGCUGUCGGCGUCGUCGUGUCUGUGGUGGUGCUGCUGUGGCGCCACCAGCGGCCGCCAGCCGAACUUCUCGGCCGCGUGCCCGGCACGGACCUCUACAUGGAUCGGAAGAAAUACAGGGCCACGGAGCUGGACCCCGACGUGCGGAUUUUUCGGUUCGGGGGCGCGCUGCACUUCUGCAACGUGGGGUACUUCCGGUCGCGUCUGGCGGCGCUGACAGGGCUAGAGGAGGCCCGAAGGCGGCAGGCGGCCAGCCGAGAGGACUGCGAGUCGGCCGGCCGGCGGCGCCGAGCCGCCAACACCGCCGAUGACAUGGAGCUGCUCGCUCCACUAACGGCCGAGGACAGUGACGGUGGCGGUCGGAGAGUGCCGGCAACACCGCGGCCCGCUGGCUUCUCGCCCUUCUCCCACCUGGUGCUGGACAUGAGCGGCGUCAGCUUCACCGACUCGGCCUCGACGCGCGACCUGCUCGCCGUCGUCCGCGAGUGCCAGGCCCUGGGCAUCUCCUGCCUCCUGGCCGGCUGUAACGAGACCGUGCUACGCAUGCUCCAUGCCUGCCGGAGUCCGCUUCAAGAAGACCAGCUGUAUCCCAGCGUUCACGAUGCUGUCGUGGCCAUUCGCUCGUCCCACGUCAGCGGUGACGCCCAAUGGCUGAGCGAUUCCGCCAGCUAGCUCCACCGUCUACAUCCAUGUGGGCAAUAAGAUGCCACAAUCCAGACUGAAGUCGUCCCAACGAAUCUCUAGUCUACAUGUCAAUGCGCUGAAGUCCAGCGCAACAAACUAAGCGUAGCAGUUCAGCGGUAAAACUGCAGUUGCAAUCAAGCCGUCAAACCGUAGCGACUGUGGGGUCACGGAGUGGACCAGAGUAGACAGACCAGACCAGACCAGACCAGACCAGACCACGGAGUUCACCGUGGGAUACGACGAGUUAACAGUCGUGGUUUGGUCGCAAUCAACGCCAGACCUGCUGCCGAUGUGCCAUUUUGGUACAAUUGUACCUAUUGGGUACGCAAUCCCAGUUCUAUGACGGCUGCCUGGUUAGCGGAUAUCAAUAAGGCAUGUGUGUGCUCCACAGACUUUCAAGCAAGUCAUAUAAAAAUGUUGUUGAAGACUGGCGAGGGGCUGCGGCAAUGUGGUGUGGCUUAGUCAAGAGGGAAGUCUUUCAGCAUAAUGCAUGUAUUCGUAAAUCAGUUUUAACUUGAGUCCUCAGAGGGUUUUGCGCCCGCUGUCAAACCUUCUGCAGGAUUUUUUUUUUUGCAAGUCACUGCUAAGGUGGUAGUGACAGGUAAUGUGGAAAGUGUGCGUCAAUGCUAUUUUGAUAAUGAUAUAGUGGUUGUGGAUUUGUCCUGCACGAUAGUAUCAACGGAGUAAAUUACAGAAACCCAGUGUUAUGUCAACCCUAGGAAGGAUGUUAUGUCCGCCGCCAUAUCCUCUGUAGAACGUUACUUUUCUGGGGUGCUGUGAAAUAAUGAUAAUUGAAGGUGAUACGGAAAGGAGUUUGCAGGGAAAUAAUAAUAAUGCAAGGUGGUGCGCACGAGGGUUUGUAUGCAACUUUGUUUUUCAUGAAAGGUAUCGGAUGUGUCCCACAUGACCGUGUCAAUACAGCAAAUGACCGUGGGUGGAA